AUGGGCAUCCCCUAUUCCAAGGAAAUCAACCAUGCAUUCGACCAAGUCACGCCACUGGUAGCCGCGGGGUUUGAAGUUCUCCAAACGACGAAAAAUAUCGCCAUCUUGCUGGCUUGCGUCCAAGUCUUCACCACCAUCAUCCUGGGCUUGAUCCUAGUCGCUUUGAUGGGUGUUAUUUUCACGGUCAAUCCGGAUCUUGACUAUGAGCGACAGCAGCUGGUGACACCAAUGAUGCAGUGGCUGGCUAGCUGGAUAUUCAAAUAUGGGCGCAUUGCUAGCUGGUUUCUCAGGGUCUUCCUCGUCGUUGGAAUUGCAAGCUUGGGCUUGUUUCUAGGGCAAGGCUCAAUGGCCGGCUCGAAACCCCCGUCGUCUGGCGAGGAAGAUCCUGGUGAAACACCGGAGAACAAGUAGUAUGUAAUUGAUGGAAAGGGACGAGAAUAUUCUUGUUGUCGGCACUGAGGGAGAAAAUGCCCUCAAUAAUUUCACGAGGAAGCUUUGUUGACUUGGCUCGGUUAGGCAAUGAAGACUGGUAUGAUUUAUUACGUGGUAUCUUUUCUAAGAUACUAGGUUUCAUGAGAGAAAGAGAGCGAGUCGAACGAGAGAAAAUUUGGACAUUAAACUUGCUAUCAGAAUAUACGGU